CUCUUAACCUCGGCAUCGUCGGGCGAAGCAGGGCCAUUGUGCAUCAGGGAAAGCCCGGUGCCUGCGCUGCCGCCUCGGCUGGAAUGCUUGCUGACUCCUCUGCAAAGUUCUAAGGCUGAGACCCUGAGGAACCCAGCUGGAGAAUGCCGUCUGAACGCUUCCUCAGUAUUCAAGAAAUGCUGACAGGCCAGAGGCUCUGCCACUCAGAAUCUCACACUGAUAGCAUCCUGGCAGCACUGAAUCAGCAGAGGAGUGACGGCAUCCUCUGCGAUGUCACCCUGAUUGCUGAGGAACAGAAAUUCCACGCUCACAAGGCAGUCCUAGCAGCCUGCAGCGACUAUUUCCGGGCCAUGUUCAGUCUUUGUAUGGUGGAAAGUGGUGCUGAUGAGGUGAAUUUACACGGUGUGACCAGCCUCGGCUUAAAGCAAGCUCUGGAAUUUGCAUACACAGGACAGAUUUUGUUGGAGCCAGGCGUGAUCCAGGAUGUGUUAGCAGCUGGCAGUCACCUACAGCUGUUGGAGCUUCUCAAUUUAUGUUCCCACUAUCUCAUCCAGGAAUUAAAUAGCUUUAAUUACUUGGAUCUGUACAGACUUGCUGACCUCUUUAACCUCACUUUGUUGGAGAAGGCAGUGAUCGAUUUCUUAGUGAAACAUCUCUCUGAGCUCCUGAAGAAUCGCCCAGAAGACAUUCUAACGCUCCCUUAUUGUCUGCUUCAGGAGGUCCUGAAGAGCGACCGCCUGACCUCCUUGAGUGAAGAGCAGAUCUGGCAGCUAGCUGUGAGGUGGUUGGAACACAGCUGCCAUUACCAGUACAUGGAUGAGCUCCUGCAGUACAUCCGCUUUGGCCUGAUGGAUGUGGACACUCUCCAUACAGUUGCCCUGUCCCACCCCCUCGUCCAGGCAAGUGAAACCGCAACAGCACUUGUCAACGAGGCCCUGGAAUACCACCAGAGCAUCUACGCACAGCCCGUGUGGCAGACUCGCAGGACCAAACCGCGCUUCCAGUCAGAUACUCUGUACAUCAUUGGUGGGAAGAAGCGUGAGGUCUGUAAAGUCAAGGAACUUCGGUACUUCAAUCCCGUGGAUCAGGAGAAUGCCCUCAUAGCUGCCAUUGCCAACUGGAGUGAGCUGGCUCCCAUGCCCGUGGGAAGGAGCCACCAUUGUGUGGCAGUCAUGGGGGACUUCCUGUUUGUAGCAGGAGGGGAAGUCGAGCAUGCCAGCGGCCGGACGUGUGCCGUGAGGACUGCCUGUCGCUAUGACCCCCGCAGUAAUUCCUGGGCAGAGAUAGCACCCAUGAAAAACUGCCGGGAGCAUUUCGUUCUGGGAGCCAUGGAUGAGUACCUGUACGCGGCUGGGGGCAGAAAUGAACUGCGCCAGGUCCUGCCGACCGUUGAGCGAUAUUGCCCCAAGAAGAACAAGUGGACUUUCGUCCAGUCCUUUGACCGGUCCCUCUCCUGUCACGCUGGCUAUGUGGCUGAUGGUCUUCUUUGGAUAUCAGGUGGAGUAACUAACACGGCACAAUAUCAGAACAGACUAAUGGUAUAUGAACCUAACCAGAAUAAGUGGAUAAACCGCAGCCCCAUGCUGCAGAGGCGGGUCUACCAUUCCAUGGCUGCUGUUCAAAGGAAGCUUUAUGUUCUUGGAGGCAAUGACCUGGACUACAAUAACGACCGGGUCCUUGUGCGGCAUAUAGAUGCCUACAACAUGGAUGCUGACCAGUGGACGCGUUGUAAUUUUAACCUGUUGACUGGCCAAAAUGAAUCUGGAGUUGCCGUCCAUAAUGAGAGAAUAUAUUUAGUGGGUGGAUAUUCGAUUUGGACGAACGAGCCUCUGGCUUGCAUCCAGGUAUUGGAUGUGAGUAGAGAAGGCAAAGAAGAAGUAUUCUAUGGGCCUACACUUCCUUUUGCUUCCAAUGGAAUAGCAGCAUGCUUCCUCCCAGCUCCGUAUUUCACAUGCCCUAACCUUCAAACUCUUCAAGUGCCUCAUCACAGGAUUGGCACCAUCUGA